UCUUUGACAGAACGAGCAAUCGCUCACAUCAAUAAACACUCAAAUUAUUAUUUAUUACUCACUACUGUUACCACUGAAGUAGGAAACCUAGGUCUAUGACUGUUACUAACUGAUAAAAAUGUCAGUUAAUGCAAAAUGACUAAAAUAGUGAAGUACCUACAUAUUUACAUCACAAACUAUAUCUUGUGCGUGUCAUAACUCCAAUAGAGAAGUCUCGAACAGCAAAGGUCUCGAGCGUAUUUGACUCUUUAAAUUAAUAUUUAAUUUAAAAAAAAAAACGAUGUGUGAUUUGGAAAUUUUAAAAUUAGAAUCUAGAACAAUCACAUCGUCCGGCAUGGUCGAAGUAUGUAUCGUUCAUCUUUACAUUAUUAUUAGCAUUCUGUACUAUAAAAGCUUAUUUUUAUUGUUAAAAACUGUACUUUUCUGUUUUACGUUAAUUACAAAAAAGGUUUUUUGAAGCCACAUUUAUAUCAGAAAAACCCGCGACCAUGUCAUACUUAAAACAACAUUCCGAGUUUCGUUCAAUUAAUGUUUGGAAAACCUGGUCCUCAGACAAUGAAGAUCAUCAUGUUGUAUGCUAUGGUAAAAAAAUACACUACCAUAAAUUUAUGACACUUAAUAAUGAAAGUAUUACACAAUACAAACAUUUGGAAACAAUGGAUGAAAGGAAAAAAGCCUUGAAGAAAUUAGCGAAAUUAUUAGAUGAAAAAACUAAUUUAAUUUGUGAAAUGGAAUUCUACACAAGGAAACAGUCUGAGAAUGAUGUUAGAACAUAUUUAAACCUGAUAAAACAACAGUUUGAGUUGCAAAACAUAGAACACCAUUCAGGGAAGAUGAAACCAUUUGUGUGCAUAGACGGCAACACUCCGCUAUUAUAUUUGGGUUUCUUGCAAAGGAUUAUUUAUUUCUUGGGCCGUUUCUGCAUAUACACAACACCAGAAAUGGCUCCAAUUUGUACUCUCUUCAUGGAAAUGGCACACGAGGCUGGCUUCAAAGACUAUUCGUCGCUAAUCAUUCUCGACAAAAUAAACGAAGGCAAAUUACAAGACUUAAAUGGAGUGAAUGGUUUUCAAUCGGGAACCACUGCUGUUGUCACAGCCCGGUGCGAUCUGGACUCUGCCGUUGACAUGUUCAUCGCUUCGUCACCAAAUGCACCCUGGAGACUGCGAUCUAUUUUAGUGCAGGAAAACGUGUACGACCAUUUCAAAAGAGCCAUGAAGUGGAAACACGACUUGGGAUGCUCGGAGAAAAAGCCGGGUAUCGAAAUAAGUGACCUUACGUACGAAAUCAAGGGGAAAAAGUUUAUCUUCGAUUACACGGGGCGCGGUGACGCCGCCGGAAUCACGAUAGAAGCCUACAGGACAACAAAAGAGCUGUUGCAGUUGCUGGACAAUUGCAAACCUUAUUACCUCAGCUUAUGGGCCAGCGACGUGGCCGAAGCGGACGAGGUUGCUCUGAAAUGUUGCUCGAACGUCGUUUGGUCGAACGAUCUUGCCAAUUUCGCGUCUCCCGUUGCACUUUUCAAUUUAAUAUUCCCUAUUCGUGUCCGAAACGCGGAAAAUGGCGACGAAAUUAAAGAAUUAGUCAAGGAUUGGACUAAAUUAAGUUUCGGUGAACGUAAACAUGCCUUACUGACUUCGCUGCAAGGGUACAUAGGGGGCAUUGAGUCGAACGCCGAGACGUACCGCGCGAAUGAGUUCGCUCAGAGAUUAGUCGACGAACAAUCUGGUUCUUUAAUUACACACGGUAACGUGUUAAUUAAGGUCUUGAAGAGAACUACCGAACUGCGUCCUAUGGUCGAGGACUUUUCGUAUGAAUGCAUCCGGUCAGCUUUGUUUGGCCUCGGUACCGUUGUCGAUAAGAUUGAGGAUGGCUUGUUGGAAGCGUUUAAGGCGAACGGCGUGCCGAUCUCGCGUCCCACUAUACCGAUUGUCGGUUACUGGACAGCUCUGUACAGAUACAAAUUGAUUUGGUCCAGUUACGGUACGAUAUUCGCUAAUUGAGCUCGGGUUUUUGUAAUAAACGCUCACUUCGUUAGGACCGGUGAUUCAGAGUGAAUGAGUAAAAUAUGACCCCACCCCUACAUCAGUGUGCGAGUUUUUUAACGUUCUCGAUAACGUAAAAGUUAACUCAUAUUUGUAUGCAGUUAAAACAGCGCCCCUAGCGGCAAACGUUCCAACUCUAUAUAAUUUUGACUUAACUUUUACGCUAUCGAGGACGUUAAAAACUUGCACUACGCACACUGGAGACUUCGAUUUCAUUAUAUACUAUAGACGUUACUGCCAUUGUACUAUAGAACUGAUACUUGAAACUCGUGUCUCAAGGUUGUCUCGUGUGGCGGCAUUUACAUUGUUAAUGUCCUUGGGCUCUGGUAAACACUGAGGCACAGAGAGGGCCAUGAGAUCACUAGCUGCUUAAUAAAAAAUACUUUUUAUACCAGUUUUUAACAACAAUUAGAUUUUUAAGCUGAAGUUGAGAAAAUAAUACUUUUAGGUAGGUAAAAAGAGCGUUUAAAAACACUAUUUUAUAAACAAACAUUUUUGCUUAAAAAUAUUGUAUAUCGUUAUUUUGUUGUACUGGGGUUUAUCCUUAAAUAUAUCGAUUUUAUAUUUUGUUAAUAAAAAGAUAUUUUGAAAGCUA